GAGACCGGACCGGCGCUGCGAGGAGGAGCGGCAGUGGCGACAUGUUCUGAGCGCAGAGCCGGCGAGCGGCGGCGGCGGUGGCUGGCAGGAUGAAGGCGCCGAGGAGACCGAGGCAAACGCGUCUCCUCCCCCGGUUCUGCGUCUGUGGAGUCGGUCUGCUUGCAGCCGUCUCGAUCUUUCGCUUAAAUAAUGUUACAGGCUCCCAUGGACCCACUGUGGAUAAUGACAUGUCCAAGAGAGAGAUCAUCCAGCAAAAAGACAAUAACCAGACUGACAGUAUUGCUAGAUCUGCUGUCAAUGAAUUCCCUGAAGAUAUCUUUACUCUGGAGCAGAGGAGACAGGGAGCGGUACUCCUUCAUGUUCUCUGUGCUAUCUACAUGUUUCAUGCGCUGGCCAUCGUGUGUGAUGUUUAUUUUGUGCCAUCACUGGAAAAAGUAUCAGAGAACCUCCAGCUCAGUCAGGAUGUUGCCGGGGCAACCUUCAUGGCAGCUGGGAGCUCCGCCCCCGAGCUCUUCACCUCUCUGAUUGGCGUGUUUAUCACAAAGGGAGAUGUGGGUGUGGGAACUAUUGUGGGAUCAGCUGUCUUUAACAUCCUGGUCAUCAUCGGCAUCUGUGGCAUCUUCUCCAAACAGCCUAUCUCUCUGACCUGGUGGCCUCUGUUUCGUGAUGCUGUUUUCUACAUCCUGUCCAUACUGGUGCUUAUCCUGGUCAUCUAUGAUGAAAAAGUCAUGUGGUGGGAGACCAUCAUACUGAUCUCUAUGUAUGGAAUCUACAUAAUCAUCAUGAAGUUCAACAGGUCUCUGUGCAGCCUGGUUGAGAGACACUGCAGGGCAGGUCAGCCGUGUUUGAGCAGUCUGCGACGGACGACUGCUGUCGGAAACAUUGGAGACUGCGACAAUGACAUGGUGCCUCUUAAGCCAGGUGCAGGAGCUGGUGUUUACUCGUGUGUGGUGGCCGGUCAGGACUCUGGGGUGGUGAUGGUGGACGAGCUGCUGAACCUGCACCCCCACCAGCUCUCCUUCUCAGAGGCAAGCCUCCGCCUUCUCAUCACCCCGCAUUUCCCCCCCUUCACCCGCCUGCGCAUGGCAGGACGCAUGGUCAUCAAUGAGAGGCAGAGGCUGAUACGUGCUCGGGUUGGCCCAGAGGAGGGGGCCGCUUCAGGAGAGGAGGGUUUAGGUGCUAGUGGGCUGUGGGGGAGGGAGAACGGGACGGUGGCCGAGGGAGACAGGCAGAUGCCGGAGGGAGAGAGGGAGAGGGGUAAAGAGAUCGUGGGGGAGACAGGUGGGGGAGCACAGCCAAAAGAAGAAGAGGAAGAGGAGGAAGAGCAGGAGGAAAGAGAGGAGGAGAACGCUCCUUUCAAACCCUUCGUUCUGCCAGACAGCUGGUGUAUGCGUCUGAAGUGGCUGAUCUCCUGGCCCCUGAGCGUCCUGCUGCACUGCACCAUCCCCAACUGUAACCUGCCGCGGUGGGAGCGCUGGUAUCUGCUCACCUUCCUGUCCUCCACCCUUUGGAUAGCCCUCUUCUCCUACCUCAUGGUCUGGAUGGUGACCAUAAUCAGCUACACACUUGGAAUCCCAGAAGUUAUCAUGGGCAUCACUUUUCUGGCAGCAGGCACCAGUGUCCCUGACUGUAUGGCCAGCCUCAUCGUCGCCCGACAAGGAAUGGGCGACAUGGCCGUGUCUAACUCCAUUGGUAGUAAUAUCUUUGAUGUGCUGCUGGGCCUGGGCUUCCCCUGGGCGCUGAGGACUCUCAUAGUCAGCUAUGGAUCAGUAGUGACAAUCAACAGCAAAGGUCUGGUGUAUUCAGUGAUCCUGCUGCUGGCCUCAGUCACACUUACUGUCCUUUGUGUCCAUCUGAACCGCUGGAGACUGGACCGAAGGCUUGGACUCAGUCUCAUGCUGCUGUAUGCCAUCUUCCUCCUUUGCUCCGUCGGCUUCGAGAGGCUGUAGGGGAAACACACCCUCACACACGCACUUACAAAGCCACACACACUUACAGAGCCACACAAAAGGACAACCCUGUAUGGUCAAAUACUCAGACUUAAAGAAGUGGUCUGACUUGUUUUCCACUUUCACUGCUGCCAUUAUUUUCAAUCAUAUGUACGGACCGAUGAAUUCUCAUUUCAUUUCACAGUAGCUGUAUGUUUGAGCAGCGUUAAUAUGACACCGGCUGCCUGAAAGCAACAUUGUUUACCUUUGAUAAACAAGUAUUUUACAUAGUUUUGUACCGAACACCUCUAGCCCAACUGAUAAUGCACUAUAUCUCACAACAAAUUUAUAAACUACUGAAUUUGUAUUCCGAAACCAAGAAUAUUGUAUAAGGAACCCCAAAGUGUGUUAGUUUACUUAUUAUUACUUUAUGACUGCCACAAGUAACCUCAACGACCAAAUGAUUAUAUAUGUAUGUUUAUGUAGUUGCUUCUCAGUAUGUGCAGUUACUUUAUGAAAAAUUUAAUGUCAAGUUUUCAUCUUGGCCUUUGUGUCUGUAGCUGUAAAUAGUUUUGCAUGGCUGACCAUCAUGCUCCGGAGAAUUGCACUAAACCACUGUUGUCUUGGCCUUGUUCAUAACGAAAGCCCCCCCUUUUCCUAAAAGCUUCACAGCAGAGAGGUUGUGUUUUCGUGCUGGAACAAAGGCGACUGUAUGCUACAAGACGUUUUGGAAUGUCUGUGUUUGGAGAGAGUUAC